CCCUCCCCUGCUCGCUCCGCCCGGGGCCCCGGCGGGGAGCGGCUCCCGGCCCCGCCGCAUCCCGCCGCAGCGGAAGCCGCACCGCGGGGCCGGCCCGGCGCAGCCCCCGGGCUCAGCCCGCCCCGCCGGGGCCCUGCUUGGGAUCUCCCCCGCCGCCGCCAUGAACCCGCUCUUCGGCCCCAACCUCUUCCUGCUGCCGCAGGAGCAGCAGGGGCUGCCGGGCCCCGAGCCCCCCGCCGCCCGCCCCGCCGAGCCCCUCGGGGGCGAGCUGGCCGCGCCGCCGCCCGCCGGCCCCUUCCCCGCGCCGCCCGCCGCCAUGGCGCUCCGCAACGACCUGGGCUCCAACAUCAGCGUCCUCAAGACGCUGAACCUGCGGUUCCGCUGCUUCCUGGCCAAGGUGCACGAGCUGGAGCGGCGCAACCGGCAGCUGGAGAAGCAGCUGCAGCAGGCGCUGGAGGAGGGGGGCGGCCGGGGCCGCGGACCCCCGCGCCGGGACCAGGCAGUGCAGACCGGCUUCGUGGGGCCCAUCCGGACCCUGGGGCUGGGGCUGGGGCUGGGGCCGGCCCGGGCGCUGGGCUCCCCCGGGCAGCCGCCCCCCACCUUCCCCACCGCCUCCCGCUUCAUGCCCGGCACCAUCUGGUCCUUCUCGCAAGCCCGACGGCUGGGCCCGGGGCCGGAGACCACCCUGGUGCAGGGCCCGGGGGUCUCCUGGGUCCACCCGGACGGGGUGGGCGUGCAGAUCGACACCAUCACCCCCGAGAUCCGGGCCCUCUACAACGUGCUGGCCAAGGUGAAGCGGGAGCGCGACGAGUACAAGCGGAGAUGGGAAGAGGAGUACACGGUUCGUGUCCAGCUUCAGGACCGCGUAACUGAGCUGCAGGAGGAAGCCCAGGAGGCUGAAGCCUGCCAGGAGGAGCUGGCCAUGAAGGUGGAGCAGCUCAAGGCAGAGCUUGUUGUCUUCAAGGGACUGAUGAGCAAUAACAUCACGGAGCUGGACACCAAGAUCCAGGAGAAGGCCAUGAAGGUGGACAUGGACAUCUGCCGGCGCAUCGACAUCACUGCCAAGCUGUGCGAUGUGGCGCAGCAGCGGAACUGCGAGGACAUGAUCAAGAUGUUUCAGUCUCUGCACUUGUCUCCCGUUAAGGUCCCAGCCUCGGUGGGGCGGAAGCGGGAGCGCAAGCAGGUCAGCGACGAAGACACCUCGCUGUCGGAGAGCGACGCCUCCCGAAAACCUGAAGAGGAGGAGGAGGACGAGACCACGGCCAUGAGUAUCAAUGAGGAAAUGCAGAGGAUGCUGAACCAGCUGAGGGAAUAUGACUUUGAGGAUGACUGUGACAGCCUUACGUGGGAGGAGACAGAAGAAACACUGCUGCUCUGGGAGGACUUCUCCGGAUACGCCAUUGCAGCCGCAGAGGUGCAGGGGGAGCAGGACGACAGCCUGGAGAAGGUGAUUAAGGACACGGAGUCGCUGUUCAAGAGCCGUGAGAAGGAGUACCAGGAAACCAUCGACCAAAUAGAGCUGGAGCUGGCCACAGCCAAGAACGACAUGAACCGGCACUUGCACGAGUACAUGGAAAUGUGCAGCAUGAAGCGAGGCUUGGACGUGCAGAUGGAGACUUGCCGGCGGCUCAUCACCCAGUCUGGGGACAGCAGAAAGUCUCCUGCCUUCACCCCAGCCUCCAACAGCGAGUCGGCCCUGAACGAGGAGAGCGAGGAGUCUGACCGUGACCCUCCCAGCGACGCUUCCAUCAGAUAAUGAGGGGAAGCCCCGCUCCCCUGGACCCCCUUCCUGGCACGGGGCUGCCUGAGCCACACCUAAGAGAGACUUGGGGACGUGGAGCUGCUGGUAAACAUCUGUCACCCAGGCUCACUCCCGUUUUUGGGUGCUUGGCAGAUCCCACCCCCCUACACCACCAGAUACCUUGCAAGUGGGAAUAGCUAGAUAGAGCUGAGGGUCCCUGCCUGGGCCGCUCAGCCUCCAGCCCCUUCUCUGUUCCCUUCCCCUGCUUUGGUUAAACUGCGGUUCGGGCAGGGAGGCUCCAAACCUGCCACGGCAGCGUUCUCCAGGACUGUCCCCCAGCCCCCCCCAGGCUCACCUCCUCCAGCCUCCAUCCUGGAACUCUUGGCCUGCCCCCUGCCCUCCCCGUGCCACGCGGAGCCGACCGAGAGCUGUACCUCCCUGCAAACUGGACCUGACACUGGUGCCAACUGGACUGAGCCCUGGGCUCUCUCUGUCCUUGCUGCUGGCCCGGCACCUGGCUGGUCCCCAUGCCACACCGGGGCAGCCUGACCCCCGCCCCCCCCCCCCCCGCCUUGCCCAGGGCAGGGGCUGAGUCCCGCUCACUGUGCCCUUGCUCUGCUGCAUGCUGGCACUGCGCUCGCGUCUGUGCUGUGGGGGCCAAGGGGUCAUUAAACGGGACAGGUUCCUUUUCUACA